AUGGAAAUGACCAAGCUCGCAAUGUCCAAUCUUCUUCACACUUUGGAGAAGAAAAGGCGAGGGAAAGCUCCUGAGGUCACAGCAGAGAGCGAUGUCCCAUGGGAGGUAGAGAAAAUUCGAGAUAAGUUCAAGGACAUGAACAGUGCAAGAGUUUCUGGGACAGCAAUAGAAUCUUCAACAUAUGAUAACUUGGAGUUCAAAUUUAUGGCUCCAGAAUCAGCAGAUUCGCUGGAAAGGGCCUUCUCUGAGGAAGAGAUCAAGAAAGCAGUGGAAGAAUUGGGCAGUGAUAAGGCACUGGGACCCGAUGGCUUCCAGCUUGCGUUUUUACAAAAGUUUUGGGGGACAGUUAAAAGAGAUGUGAAUCAUGUGAUUGAAUUCAUGAAUGAAUUUUAUGAGAACGGUAUAAUUGCGGCAGAACUAGGGGCCACCUUCAUUGCAGUUAUACCCAGGAAAGAAGUAGCUGAAAGUCUACAUUUCCGUCCUAUUAGCCUAUUGGGAGGCCCUCGCGAAUUUCUGACAAAAUUGCUUGCUUCUAGAUUUCUUUAG